AUGGCGACGACGGCAGACGAGGGCGACGCGCUGCCACCGUCUUCGCAAAAGGGCGACUACCUCAAGCUCUUCUGGACGCUGGCAGAGAGCGACCGCGACGUGCGCACGCAGGCAGCCGCGCAGUUGCUCGCGCACUUGAAGCUCAGUCCCAAGCAAGACACUGAGGUUCAGUAUACGCUGAAGCGACUGGUGCGCGGCCUGGCGUCGUCACGCGAUGCUGCUCGUCAGGGCUUCAGCUCGGCGCUUAGCAGUCUUUUGACUGCUUUUCCACAGCUCCUGAAGCUCCAGGAGACCCACGAGCUGCUGCGUGAGGCCAUGGAGAUGCACUCGUCCAUGAAGCCCAUGGAGCAGCGCGAGCACAUGUUUGGCCGUCUCUUUGGUCUCUUGGCUCUGCACCGAUCGGGUCGACUGAAGACCGACUUGCCGUUGCUCGUGACGGUAGUCAAGGAGCUGCUGGACAUGGCGGGGUUCAAGCGCUGGUUUCGUGAGACGUGCUACGAAGCAGCGCUGACGCUGCUAGUGGAUGUACCAGUGGAGCUUUUCUUGGCUGACCUGGCUGCCACGGUCCAUAGUUUACUGCAGAUUCAAGGGUCUAAGGACAGCAACGACCAAGGCGCGGAAGCUUGGAAUGCUGACCAGGUGUUACUUGCAGUUGGAGUGCAGCGAUAUCUGCUUGAGCAAGGCAUUGAGCAAGAUACGAAACUGGUGAAGCAAUUGCCCGAUGAUUUUGCAGCGAGGAACACAUUGCAGCGUCAUAACGUGCACUUGCUCGCUCGCCCACUGCGAGCAUCGUCGGGGUGCUAUCCACGUGUGCACUCGGCUUGGUUUGGAGUUUUUGGUCAUGUGCUUCAUCUGGCAGAGGGACGAUCGGCUAAGCUUGAUAGCGAGCUGCUACAGGAAACUUGGACUGUGCUGGUGGAAAACUCGCUGGUGGGUGGCGCCAACCCCGAUGAGAGUGGUCCUACCAGUCACGAACGUCAGGGUCUAGCGCUGAAGUUGUUUGAGCUUGUGGCUCCCAAGCUACCGGCAUCGAGUGUACAAUCUAUUCUCACUCCGCGCUUUGUCAAGUGCUUAUACACGAAUGCUGUUACGAAGAAGAACUACCUUCAUGAAGCUGCUCGGCACUGUUUGAAGUCGUUUGCAGCCUGUGCACCUGCCGAGUUCUUCCGCUUUUUCCGCCAACAGUUUAUGUCGCCUCUUUCUAUCCUCGUGACACCAGCUUCAGCUGAUAGCGGCGAGGAAAACGAAAAACCAAGCAAGAAGCAGAAAUUGAACGCGGGAGGCUUUAAUGCACUUAUUGAGCUCGAAGAGAAGAAGGAGCGUGAAGACACAAUGAAACGACGAACAGAUCGUGCACGGGUAUGGACUGUGGAAGUUAUGGUAGCUGCGCUUUCUGAAAUGCUGAGUGCAAAGACCGAAUCGGACGUUGAAACGGAGAAGUUGCAAGACGAUGUGCUCCGUUUCCUGGUGUUCCAUUCAUUCUUCACGUCGUCAGGUGAUGCUGGAUCUGGAUCUAUCACAAAGGGCAAGAAGAACAAAGUGUCAAAGAAGACCAAGGCGACAGAGGUUGAACAAGUGGUGCACGAGGCGGCUGCGGCAAACCCUGCCCUCUCGGAGAACGUGGCCAGUUAUGCUAAGACCCGUUUGUUUUCGAUGUUGAGUCUGGGCCUUGCAGGGGUCGAUGGUGUCCGUGCGCAUACCAGUGUACUGAGCCGUGUUUUCGCCAUUGCAAAAAGUAUGAAAAACGAUGAUACGGUUGGGUCUCUGCGAGAGCCUCUUGAUGAAGAGGAUGCAGCACAAUUUCGUAAGCUAGUUGGUCACGUCGAGAGUUUGUGGAGCAAGGAAGAGGACGAAGAGAAGAAGUCACGGAAGUCACAGAAGACAGCAACUCGCAGACCCUUGAGCGAGGCGUUCCUCCUGCUGCUCAUGAGUGCUGGACUACAGCUGUUGGACGGCGAGCAGCGCGAAGACGCCGUUGUCGUGGUCGCUGACCUGGAAAAGUGUUUUGUCCAGCUCGUUGCACGCAAGCAGAAGAGUGUUGCCACGAAAAAGAAGAACAAGACGAAGGAGCAAAACGAGGGUGAUCAAACAGAAGAGGAGUCAAUUGUUGUGCUCACGGAUUUGUUGCUGAGUCUGCUAUCGCAAGACUCGAGCGCGUUGCGUGAAAUCGUGUCGCAAGUAUUCCGUUCGCUGCUGCCACUGCUCGAUGGCGCUUGUCUGACCACAAUGGUUAAUGUGCUUGAGCCAUCAGCAGAAGCCGAAGAUGAUGAUGAUGACGACGAGGAGGGUAAAGGGUUUGCUUCGAAUCCGCUUGGCGACGAUGAAGAGGAAGACGGCGAGGAAGGUGAUGAGGAAGCAGAGUUGUCUUCGGCAGACGCUUUGUCCGACGCAUUUCGCAGGGACGAGAAGCUCGCGUCGCUGUAUCGAGAGGACCUGGCGAUCGCUGCCAUUGUGGGUCAGGUCAAGGUUCGUUCGCAGCGCAAGAAAGACCUCAAGCGUGCUCGCUUGCAGACGAUGCACUUCCAGCUGCGUGUUGUGGAUCUGCUGCAAGUGUUUGUCUCGCAGCGUUCGGAGCAAGGCGAGGCAACUUUUGCAAAGCACAGUGCGUUAGUGCUGUCUUUAGUGGCUCCGCUGUUUCGUGUGUUGAUUCGCGUGCAAAGCGCUGCGAGCGAGACAGAGGUGCUUCGAGAUCGCGUGCAAGCUGUGCUGCUUCACAAGGUCCUUCGUGUCAAAGACAAGAUUCCGUUUGGCGAAGCUGCUCAGACUGAAGCAUUGGGCGCUCUUCGUCAGAUCGUUGAAUUGAUUCGCACUUCACCUAUGGACAAGGAUCACUCUGGUAAGGUGGCAGCGGCCGCUGUUGUGUACCUCGUCCGCGUAAUUUGCUCUCAUGAAGCUUCGAAUGAGGAGGAAGUACAGACGAUCAUGCGUGAGUCCGUCUUCGAUGCCUUUACCAAGAAGCACUCCCGUUUCCCGCGUGCAUCCUUCGAAGAGCUGUUGCUCAAGUCUCCUGCUGUUGGUGCUCGUGUGCUUCUUGAGCCUCUUGCUGCUGUCGCUGCUGCUCCGGAGAAGAAGAAAGACGCGGAGGAGUCGAAGGUGCAAGCAGCAGUCGACGAGUUUUCAAAGUGCGAGGUGCUACGAUUGCUGACAGUGCUGCUUCGAGGCAGCAGCAAGCUACAGCAGACUAAGGAGCUGUCCACUGCCUUGCAGCAUGCUUUCAAGCGCGUACAGAAGUUUCUCAAGACGGCAGUGCUGAGGCAUUUGGCUCCUGAGAGUGUUCAGCAGCUGAAGGCCAAGCGUAUGAAGAUCGUGAUGACGUUUGCUCUCCAGCUUGUGAAGAUUUGGCACACGUCUGCAGACAAGAAGACAACAGAGGCAGAUGUUCGUGCGGUUGUAGCAGCUGUGCAAGCUGUCGAGUCGCAGUCACCUGUCGUCAAGGGUUUGAUGAAGCGAGUAUCCGAAGCUGCUGGCAUCCCGUUCGAGCCCACUGGUGGUGGUAAUGUACACCAGAAGGUAUUGGUCAAGAAUGAAGACGACGACGACGACGAUGUGGCGAACAAAGUCGACGAGUCGGAAGCUGCCGUGUCGAUCAAGUCUGGAAAGAGCGCAGCCACGGGCCUCAAGGACAAGCACAAGUUGAAGCACAAGACGAAAAAGACGAAGCGCAAGCGCUCGUCUGCCGAGAAGUAA